AUGCCUUUACGCGUCAUCGUGGUAGGGGCCGGUAUUGCGGGACUCUGCGCUGCCGUGGCGCUGCGACAGCAUGGGCACUCAGUGACGAUAUUUGAAAAGUCCAAGUUCGCCACGGAUAUCGGCGCUGCUAUUGCCCUCUCUCCCAACGGCGUGCUCGUUCUGCAAGGCCUGGGCUUUUCUUUCCAGAAUGCCCGCGCCCAGUCCCAGGAUGUAUGGGAAUCGCUUGAUGGCCGGACUUUGGACCGUCUCGCGUACGCCCAAGUGACCGAUGCGCAGGAGAGAUUCGGCGCUCCGUUUCUGGCCAUUCAUCGCGUGGAUCUCCAUACCGAAUUGCUUCGGCUUGCUCUGGAAGAUGACCACGAGGGCGGCUCCUGCUCACCACCGACAACGCUUCAUCUCAACUGUCGCAUUGUUGCAGUGCAACCCGAGCAGGGAACGGUUCAGUUGGAGGACGGUUCGCUGCACCAUGCCGAUUUGGUCGUCGCUGCCGACGGCCUACGGUCCGUAAUCCGACCAGCCGUGGUGAGUCGCGAGAAAGAAGAAGAAGCAAAGCCCACUCCAUCCGGCAUGAGUGCGUUCCGGUUCCUCGUUCCGACCGCCAGCCUGAAACACGAUGCUGUGUAUGAGAGAGCGAAGAAAUGGAAGAACGCCCGAGGAGUCACGGUCAUGGCCGAUACUCAAGAUCUUGACUUUAAAGAUCGCCAUAUUGUCUGGUAUGCGUGCCAGGGCUCCGCGGAGAAUGUGAAGCUCUGGCCGUUAUUCGUCCAUAAGCCAUUGAACAGUUGGACAUACGGUCGGGUCAUCCUAAUUGGAGAUGCAGCGCAUCCCAUGUUGCCCUUCGGCGGUCAAGGAUCUAACCAAGCGAUGGAAGACGGAGGGGCUUUGGGAACCCUCUUGGCCGGAGUCCACCAUGCCGCCGAUAUCCCCGAAAGGUUGGCCAUUUUUGAGGACAUUCGCCGGCUUCGUGCAUCACGAGUCCAGAUCUUGUCCCGAGUGCGCAUUGGGACCGAAGAUCGCGUCAGGCAGGAGCUGGAGGCGUAUUGCAAACCCGAAGACACUGUGCCGACUACGUUUGCCGCUAGACAAGCUCAUGAUUCCGGGUUCAAUGUUCUGGCCGCAUGCCGAGACGCCCUCCAUCAGAGGGGUUUAUCAAACUUGGACAUCUAG